AUGGGCAAUGACGAGAUACCCGAUCUCGUUGAAGCUACUGAAGACGCUCAGCCAUCAAAGGCCAGUCAGUCUGCAGAGAAGCCAACAUCUGGCCAUGCAGAAAGCGACUUGGCGCAAGCCAAAGUUCCCAUCACCAUUGUCACCGGCUUUCUAGGCUCUGGCAAAUCGACCUUGCUCAACCACAUCUUGACUGUGCAGCACGGAAAGCGUAUUGCCGUUAUCUUGAAUGAAUUCGGUGACUCGGCAGACAUUGAGCGAUCACUCAAUGUUAGCGGUGACAAAGCAGAUGGACUCGUGGAGGAGUGGCUAGACUUGAAGAACGGAUGCAUGUGCUGUACAAUCAAAGAUAAUGCCGUCUCUGCCAUCGAGAACCUCAUGAAGCAGCGCGGCAAAUUUGACUACAUCUUGCUUGAAACCACUGGACUCGCGGACCCAGGUCCAAUUGUCAACAUGUUCUGGCUUGAUGAAGGCCUGAGCAGUGAUUUGUGCUUGGAUGGUGUGGUCACCGUCGUUGAUGCAUCCAAUCUGCUCAAAGGCUUGGACGAGACUUGUCGUAUUCAGAUCAGCAUGGCAGACUUCGUCCUUGUCAACAAGAUGGACCUCGUCACAGAUGUCAGACAAGUGGAUCAAGCAAUUCGCUCAUUGAAUCCGCUUGCUGUGCUCAAACAUACGACUCGCUCCAAGAUUGAUCCUGUGGCAAUCUUAAAUCUUCAAGCAUACGAUAAGAAGCAGCUGGAUUUGUCCCAAAUCUCCCUAUCUCGACGCAACCACCACGAUAAGGAAAUCUCGACCAUCUGCCUACCGGUACCAACUAUCUCAGCCGACCGGAUAGCGGGGUUUGAGCGCUCGAUACAAGAGCUUCUGUGGCAGUCACAAGAGGGCAUCGAAAUCUUGCGCAUGAAGGGCCGCAUCUCUGAUCACAAUGGGCGGACCUGGAUUUUGCAGGGUGUGCGGGAUAUUUAUGAAAUGGUGGAAGUUGCCAAAAGCUCGGAUGAAGGCAAGCUCGUAUUCAUUGGCCGGGGCAUGAGCAAGCUACCCCUCCUCUUAUGCAACGCUCUGUUGGGUUGA